CCACAAGCGAUUUUUCGACGCCUCAUCCAUCCAAUUUCCCCUUUCAUACUUUUUUUCUUUUUCUUAAUCCUUGUUUGUGUUCAAGUCACUCAUUCAACUUUCUUGUGCAUAUUAUCCCGUCUGUUUGUGCCGCCUCGUCGUCCUAAGUCUUUGACAACCGGACAGCGCGGGGCUUUUCCGUCUACAGCCCAAAUAAAUAAAUAUUAGAGAUACGCGGCAUCCACCCGAACCGUCUUUCUGCAGCUACGCUAGCUAGCCUGCCUUCCAACCGCCCGCCAUGGCCCUAUCCCCGAGCGAACUAUGCACCUCUCAACUCAACUGCGGUGCGCCUUCUAUGGCCGCCACCAAUGAAGACGACUACUCCUCAGCGCAAGCAUCCGGCAGGGAGGGCAGCGAUGAUGCUCCCCCUCGGAGGCGCCGGCGACACUCGUCGUAUUUCCCACAGAGACGCAAGUCCAUCGUCAACCACAUCAUGGAUGGCGAGGAACACAUUCUCCUCAAGGUCGAUUUAUUCCUGACGGAACUCGAAAGGCGCCUAGAUUUCCUCGAGAGUUACGGCGAGAUCAGCCUCGAUGCGAGCAUUGCAAGGGCUUACAAUACACUACAGGCUGUGCGGACAGGCUGCUCUCAUGUUUCGGAGGAAGUCAUCGGCGCCGGUCGUCGGAGGGUACAUGUCAUGGUCGAGACGUUGGAGGCUAGAUAUCAGGAUGCUCUUGCGGCGGCCGACUCUCUGCAUGAAAAAGCCUGUGUCGGAAUAGACCUACUGGACACGAUGCUUUCGGAUUUUGAGGACCAUGCAUCCAAAUUCCGUGAGCGCAGCCUGGCCAAUGCUGCUGAUGCCGCUGGUGCGUUCAUGGGCGAGGGUCGGAGAGUUGUCGACGAGGGUAUCGGGCGUGCCAGGGAGGUUGUCGACGAAGGAUUUGCGGCGGCCAAGUGGGCAGCCGAGUCGUUGGAGGACCAUAUCCAACGGGCUGUUGCCAGGGCCAGCAAGCAUGGUCUUAUCCGGUACGAGGAUCUUCCCAUGCCGUGGCGGACAAACCCGCACAUCCUCAAGGGGUACCGCUUUAGUGAGACAAAGCUGGCUUGUAUCAAGUCUGGCAUGUUUGGCAUCUCCAACGAACUUGUCAACAUUUGGUCACAUGCCCUCGGCCUCGUCCUCGUCCUGGCUGUGGCCUUCUAUUUCUACCCGACAUCACCCAACUUUUCACUCAGCACCAAGACGGAUGUGUUCAUCGCAGCCGUCUUCUUCUUUGCGGCAUGCCAGUGCCUCGUAUGCAGUACGAUUUGGCACACAAUGAACUCGAUCGCAGACGCGCAUCUUAUUAGCUCAUUGGCCUGCGUCGACUACACUGGUAUAUCGAUGUUGAUUGCUGCAAGCAUUAUGACAACCGAGUACACGGCUUUCUACUGCGACCCGAUGAGUCGUUGGAUCUACAUGAGUUUGACGGCCAUUCUCGGAAUCGGCGGCGUCAUCCUGCCAUGGCACCCGCGCUUCAACGGCGCAGACAUGGCCUGGGCCCGAGUGGCUUUCUACGUCUCCCUCGGUGCCACGGGAUUCUUGCCCAUACUACAGCUGAGUCUCACUCGCGGUGCCGAGUAUGUCUACGAGUUUUAUACACCCAUCGCCGAGAGCAUCGCUGUUUACGUCUUUGGUGCCCUCAUCUACGCCAGCAAGAUCCCCGAGAGGUGGUACCCUGGCUGCUUUGACUACUUUGGCGGCAGCCACAACCUCUGGCACUUGGCUGUGCUGGGUGGUAUCGUCUUUCACUACAUUGCUAUGCAGGAGUUCUUCUCUACAGCUUUCAAGCAUGCACAGGAUGGUUGCGGAGCGUACUGAAUUUCCUUUGUCUUGAUCUACCUGGCUUGGUAAAUUUCUUUCUUCUUUUUUUGCAUCGGCUGGUGAGCCUGUCACACCGGGGAGUUUGGGAGGCCUUUUUUGUUGUUGUUUCCUUUGUUCCGCGUUGCAUGAGCACAUUACAGCUACCGCGUAGACCUUAGACCACGCUCAAGAGGCAUUUGCUGGUUGCAUUGAAGGUUACGUCUUUUGACUUGUUUGGAUGUUGUUUACUCCUCACUGUUUGAUACAAAUUUCACGAAGAGGACGAUAGACUUGGCUUUACUUUGCUUUGUCUUGGUGGGGGGGAGGGACGUUAAUAUGAGUACAUGUCCAACAAAACUUGAUUACAGCGUUGUUUGUGUUUUUCUGUAUGUUUUGUGUUUUUAAUGUCACUCUGUGACGUUUGGCCUUGAUAUGGGCUCUAGAUGCUAGAAAUGCAUUCUUGUAACAAACUAAACCUAAUAUUAGACUACCAGCAGGAACCCAGUGUCAGCGGCUAUGCAACCAUUGGGUUUCGGCCCUGACAAACCACAA